AUGAGCAACCGCCGACUCAGCCUCCAAGCCGCCGCCACUGGCAUUCAAGCACUGCUUAAAGGGCAUGCUUCUCGUGCUGCCGAGCUACAACAAUUUCCAACUGAGUUGCAAUUCAACGACGACGACGCCAUUACGCAGUCCGAUUGCCCCAUUCUUGAAACCUGCAUGCAAGCUAAAGGCAACGAUGGUGUGUUCGGCUUGACCAACUUCACAUCAAGUGAAAUAACAUCGAUUUGGCUGGAUCUCGAAAACUACGUUGCGGGCAACUGGAACGUUGGGCGAGGAAAGAAGUGUCAGCACUCAGGAAAAGACAUCCUUUUCAUGACGCUGACGGUGCUCAAGCUUGGUGGAAAGUGGGAUGCGAUGUCGAGCAUCUUCGGUCUCAAAGCACCGACAUUUGAGAAGACAAAUGUCAAAUUUUUGCGCGUCGUGAGUCCGUACUGGUACCAAGAGUACGUCGAAACAGUGCACGACCAUGCCACCAUGCAUCGUCUACGAACAAGUGGUCGCCACCACGCAUCGUCUACGAACAAGUGGUCGCCAAUUCGAAAACUAUCCUUGUGCCAGAUACGCAACCGACGUAACAUUUCAGCAAACUAA